AUCCUGCCCCAUCUCACCUGACGGGCGACGGAACGACGGCAGAUCACCACCCGCCAGAAUUCAAAGAUGCAGCGAAUAAUGCUGCCGCGCCUCGUGCAGCGGAGGCUCGUCGCCGCCUUCGAGGCCCGCUCCGCUAACAUCCGCCCCGUCCAGCGCCGAUGGCUCACCCGCGCGCCCAGGCCUGGUGAUGGGCCCAUGAUGGCAAGGCGGGCUGAUCGCGAGCUUCCAGACAUCAACGAAGUCCGCUUCCAGUGGCGCCGCACCCUUCCCAUCUUCCUCGUCAUCGUCACCACCUGCUCCGUCGCCAUCUUCAACUACCAGAAGAUGUCCUCGCCCGUCGUCUCGUCGACGCUCUACGCCCUGCGCACCUCCCCCGAAGCCCGCGAGCUGCUCGGCGACGAGGUCUACUUCAAACACCAGAUCCCUUGGAUCCACGGCGAGAUGAACCAGCUGCACGGCCGCAUCGACAUCUGGUUCUCCGUCCGCGGCUCCAAGGGCGUCGGUUCCAUGCGCUUCGCCAGCAACCGACCCAGCCCCAAGGCCUUCUUCAGGACCACCGAGUGGAGCCUCACCAUGGAGGACGGCACCCGCCUGGACCUGCUCGACCUGGGCGAUCCGUUCCGCGGCCUGCUGGGCGGCGACGAUGAUGUUGCCCCUCCAAUGACGCAGAUGGAGCAGGAUGCCAUCACAAGAGGCUUCAGGAAGCAGGUUGACUACAAGGCGAACUGAAGAGCCUUCAUGACUGUUGGGGAUAAAACAUGACGAACCCUGGGAACUCCGGUUUUGUCGCAUCUGUACAGUAGUUGAUGGU